AUGAUAGGGAAAGCUCCUUUGCAAGCAUAUACUGCUGCAUUUGUUUUCUGUCCACAGCAGUGUAAGAUCAAAGAUCACUUUUCAAGAGAAAGGCUUGAUUUUAUCGAACACUCGUUUAAACUCCAGAAACAAUGGGAUCCAUACUUGCAGUUAUUAGAUGAACAUCCCAGCCGAGUGAAUGGGGUAGCCUUCUCCCCGGAUGGCAGGCUACUCGCAUCAGCCUCAAGUGACUGCACCAUUCGAUUUUGGGACGCAGCCACAGGUCUUGUGAAGCAAGUGUUACAGGAAGAUGAUCGCAUAAAUGCAAUUGCCUUUUCUCCAAACGGUAAACUGCUAGCAUCGGCAUCCAAUGACCGGGCUAUUCGGCUGUGGGACACAACAGGCCGUGUGCAACGAGUAGUACAGGGGCAUACAAAGCGCGUCAAUGCAGUGACGUUCACCCCAGACAGCAAGGCAUUAGCAUCGGCCUCUGAUGACUGCACUGUUCGGCUUUGGGACACAUCAGGUGUUGUGCGAAACGUUCUGAAAGGUCAUAAUAAACCCGUUAAUGCGGUCGUUCUCUCCCACGAUCGAAAAAAACUAGCUUCAGCUUCAGAAGAUUGCACCAUUAAUCUCUGGGAUGUAGUCACAGACCUUCUGAUAUACACACUGGAUUCAGUUGGUGGCUCAGCCAACGCAGUUGCAUUCUCUCCAAAUGGGGAAAAUCUAGUUGCAGCCUCUCUCUGUUGCAUUAGUUUUUAUGAAGUGGCCAGUGGCUGGCGGGUGAAGGUCAUGGGAAGAUCACACCACACCCGAGGAACAAGAAGACCUUUCUUCCCUCAUUUUGAAACUAUCAGAGCGCUGGAAUUUUCCCGGGAUGGCAAAAUUUUAGCAUCAACAGCAGAUGACCAUAUGCUGGUGCUCUGGGAUACAACCAGUUGGAAGGCCAUGCGAAUUUUACAGGGCCAUACAGAUUCGAUCAGGGCGUUAAGUUUCUCUCCAACUAGCCACAUACUAGCAUCUGGCUCAGACGAUGAUACCAUUCGGGUCUGGGAUACAACCAUAGGCGCUGGAGAGCGAGUUCGACGAAGACCACGUCCUGAAGGUGUUUUGUUGUUUCCACACAAGGCGCCCGACAUUGUUCAAUUUUCCAAGAACGGCAAUAUGCUAGCUACCGCGAAGAAUUGGGGUGCCAUAGAUCUCUGGCACACAGCGACUGGUGGCAAAUCUACGGUCUUUAUGGGUUCGCUGACCACAUUGGUGUUCUCCCCAGAUACCAAGAUGCUGGCAUCGGCUUCUUUCAACAAUGGCAAAGUCUUUCUUUGGGACAUGGCUCGGGGUAAGAUAGCACGCACUCUGCAAGCUAGCGAUGAGUCGGUUGAUACGUUGAGCUUUUCACCUAGCUGUGAGAUGCUAGCCACGUCUUCGAAAGAUGGCACAGUCAGGCUUUGGGAUAUAGCCAAGGGGGCUGUGAUGUUCAGCUUUGAAGAUGUGACCACUACACUGGUUUUUUCAGAGGACGGCUGUCUAUUAAAUACGGCAAAUAGCUGUUUAUGCUUGCAUCCUUUCACUUUCCAACCGCCCCAUACGCAAAAGGCACAGCGCAGGAUCACUGCAAAGGACAAAUGGAUCAGUUGCGACGGGGAAAGAAUGAUCCUUGUGCCGCCCGGAUACGAACUUGAAAAUGUCAGUAAUGACACUGUCGUUUUACGCCACUUCUCUGGAAAUACAGCCUUUGUUAAGUUUGGAUUCCCUAUACAGGAUGUGAGACAUCCUCCCUCCGGGCAUAAUACCCCCCCCCUGCACAACAUCCUUCCCCCUUGCGAGACCAACCCAUCCGGUGGCAGUGGAGUGUUGAGCCAUACAGGCGAGAGAAGAAGAAGACUUGAACCGAUUGAAUUGACUGCUCAGGGACAGAGAGGGAGAAGAGAGAAAGCCUAG